GAGGACAGCAACAUUACACUUAUUUUUCUUACAAAAUUAUUCAUUUUUCCUUCUAUAAAUAAGCACUUUUUGUCAUCACUUUCUUAACUCGGACCUACAUCAACAUUUCACUUAAUUUUCUUACAAAACUUCAUCUCCAAUUCUCUCAAAGCUUGUCCAAAACUCAUCACAUUCUUCACUCUCACACAUCUCUCUUUCUCUCUCAUCAACAAUGGGAAGAACACCUUGCUGCGACAAAAAUGGCCUCAAGAAAGGCCCAUGGACUCCCGAAGAAGACGAGAAGCUCAGUCGAUACAUCCACGCCCACGGCGCCGGAAAUUGGAGAAAUCUUCCCAAAAAUGCUGGGCUUCAAAGAUGCGGAAAGAGUUGUCGACUGCGCUGGACCAAUUAUCUGAGGCCAGAUAUCAAGAGGGGAAGAUUCUCAUUCGAGGAAGAAGAAACCAUAAUCCAACUCCAUAGCGUACUCGGCAAUAAAUGGUCGGCCAUCGCAGCACGUCUACCGGGAAGAACCGACAACGAGAUCAAGAACUACUGGAACACGCACAUCCGGAAGCAGCUGCUCCGGAUGGGGAUCGACCCGGUGACCCACGCGCCGCGGCUCGACUUGCACGACCUCACGUCGACCCUCCUCAACUCGCCGCAGCUUAGCCUCCUCCGCCUCCUGAAUCCGGAGGCGCUGAGGCUGGCGAUGACCCUAGCGUCGUGCAACGGCGGCGGCGAAGCGCAGCUCAUGUUGAAUUCGCAGCUCCAAAAUCAGCUGCAGCAGGCGGUCCCACACAUCCAACCUAAUCACUUUGAAUAUAUUAUCGGCCAACAAAUCCCACCAAAUCAAAGCAAUAUUAAUUCAUAUCACAAUCAACCUCAAUAUCAACAAUUGUUUCAAGAGAAUGUGAUGCCUGCUGCAAAUGCGAGCGAUCAUCAUCGGAGUUUUCCGGCGGAUUUUGGCUACGAUCAAAUUAGGGCAGAUUUGUCGGAAAAUUCGAGUUUUCAAUCGAUGAACACAAAUAGCAGCAGCAGCAGCGAUAACAACAGCGCUCCUACGUUUGAUUCGGCCUCCGCCGUCAUCAACGGCGGCGGCGGCGAAGAUGAGAGAGAAAGUUUCUGCAGUAAUCUGUUGAAGUUUGAGAUUGCGGAGAGUUGGGAUUUGGAUGAUUUCUUGGAAAUUUGAUUUCAUUUGUUUUACUUGGUGAAGGGCACAGAAAAUUUUAUUGAGGUUUUAUUAUUCAAAUUUCAUGUAUAAAUUAUAGAAAAAAAAAAUUAAAAGAAUAGAUCUUGUCAUAUUUGAGUUUAAA